CCGAAAACCACGAGACACCACAAAUCCCACCGAAUCACCCGCGCCCACACCCUCCACCACUCAUUUCCGCUACGAUCCGACUACUCGCAUGCCAUCGACACUGAAUCUACAUAGGUAAACGUCCAGACAAACCGCAGCAAUGCGCCUCACCACCGAACUCAUCCAAUCCUCCCUGUCAUACCUCAAUCCCCUCAAAGAGCGAGAGCUCGACCUGCGAGGUCACAAAAUACCGAGCAUCGAGAACCUGGGUGUUGCUGGCCCACAAGAUGCGAUCGACUUCACAGACAACGACAUCCAGCUUCUAGGCAACUUCCCCCUCUCCCCGCGCCUCUCAACCCUCCUCCUCGCCCGCAACCGCGUCGCUCAGAUCCAGCCCUCCGUCGCGCAAUCGAUACCAAAUCUCAUCACUCUCAUCCUGACAUCGAACAACAUCGCCGAGCUAGCUGACCUCGACGCCCUCGGCACACUGCCUAAGCUCACGCACUUGGUGCUGAUAGAGAACCCUGUUACACGGAAAGAGCACUACAGACUCUGGGUCCUCUUCCGCUGCCGCGCCGUCCGCUUCCUCGACUACCGCAAGGUCAAAGACGCGGAGCGCAAGCAGGCGGCGGAGCUCUUUGGAACGACAUCCGAGCCCUCGGAACUCGCGAAUAAGAUUAUGGGCAUCAAGUCGCGGACGUUCGACGUGCCGUCUGCGAACGGGGCGGCGGCGGCGUCGAACAAGAAUUACAGGGUUAAGUUGACGGAUAAGGAGAGGAAGAAGGUGGAGGAGCUGAUUAGGAACGCGAAGAGCUUGCAGGAUAUUAUUAGGCUGGAGAAGGAGCUUAAUGAGGGAAGGGUGCCGGUGGGUGCGCAGGGUGCUGAUGAGAUGGAGGAGUAAGGGGGUGGGGUUAAAUAGUCCUUUGAGGGUAUGCAUCUGGGGCGUUUAUAGGAGGGUCAUGAAAAGUAUGGCGUCGGCCGGGUACGUUGAGAGUCUUUAGACUGUAAAUUAUGAUCUGAGACGCGCAAUGCUAAGAGACAU